GCGGAAGUCCCGGAUUGAGGCGCCGCCAUUUUUGCUGCCCGGACACGGAGCGAGAGGCUGAGAGAGUCGGAGACGCUAUCCGCUUCCAUCCGUCGCGCAGACCCUGCCGGAGCCGCUGCCGCUAUGGAUGAUCGGGAGGAUCUGGUGUACCAGGCGAAGCUGGCCGAGCAGGCUGAGCGAUACGACGAAGCUGGGAAAAUACUACAAGAUGUUUUUUCUCUUCCUUCUUGCUGUUCUCUUCUAGUGCAAAUGGCUUUCUGUGAUGAAAUGGUGGAAUCAAUGAAGAAAGUAGCAGGGAUGGAUGUGGAGUUGACAGUUGAAGAAAGAAACCUCCUAUCUGUUGCAUAUAAAAAUGUGAUUGGAGCCAGAAGAGCUUCCUGGAGAAUAAUCAGCAGCAUUGAACAGAAAGAAGAAAACAAGGGAGGAGAAGACAAACUAAAAAUGAUCCGGGAAUAUCGGCAAAUGGUUGAGACUGAGCUAAAGUUAAUCUGUUGUGACAUUCUGGAUGUACUGGACAAACACCUCAUUCCAGCAGCUAACACUGGCGAGUCCAAGGUUUUCUAUUAUAAAAUGAAAGGGGACUACCACAGGUAUCUGGCUGAAUUUGCCACAGGAAAUGACAGGAAGGAGGCUGCAGAGAACAGCCUAGUGGCUUAUAAAGCUGCUAGUGAUAUUGCAAUGACAGAACUUCCACCAACGCAUCCAAUUCGCUUAGGUCUUGCUCUCAACUUUUCUGUAUUCUACUAUGAAAUUCUUAAUUCCCCCGACCGUGCCUGCAGGUUGGCAAAAGCAGCUUUUGAUGAUGCAAUUGCAGAACUGGAUACGCUGAGUGAAGAAAGCUAUAAGGACUCUACACUUAUCAUGCAGUUGUUACGUGAUAAUCUGACACUAUGGACUUCAGACAUGCAGGGUGAUGAUUCCUAAAGGAAAAUCCAACUCUUCCUUUCCUAAAAACUCUACUUUGUGAAGAGCAGAAUAAAGAAGCGCUGCAGGAUGUGGAAGAUGAAAAUCAGUGAGACAUAAAAGCCAACAAGAGAAACCAUCUCUGACCACCCCAUUCCUUCCCAUCCCACUCCCAUUGGAAAUUCCCCCAUUGUCACUGAGAACCACCAAAUCUGACUUUUACAUUUGGUCUCAGAAUUUAGGUUCCUGCCCUGUUUUGUUUUUUUUGUUUUUUUGUUUUUUGUUUUUUUUUUUUUUGUUUUGUUUUGUUUUGUUUUUUUUUUAAACAGUUUUCAAAAGUUCUUAAAGGCAAGAGUGAAUUUCUGUGGAUUUUUACUGGUCCCAGCUUUUAGGUUCUUUAAGACACUAACAGGACUGUGUAGAGGCUUUUUCAGCAUUACUGUAUUGUCUCCUGCCAGAUGUGGCAAGAUCACCAUUAGAAAUGGAAAUUACAUUUAAAGCAAUUAGACUUCUAGGUGAUGCAAGCAUCUAAGAGAGAGGUUAAUCACACUAUAGAGGCAUUGUGGUAUCAUUUUUCCUUUUUCUAAUUGUUUAAAUCGAAUUUUAUACCAAUGUUAAAAAUUAAUUGGAUGUUAGCUUGAAGUGGUUAAAGAUUGUUUGGAGAGUUGUUAUAAUGGUUUUGCUGUAAAAAGUGUUGCGGAAAUGUUGCUGAAAAGCAUGGUGCUGGUAACAGUUCAACAAUCCGUGGCUGCUCAUUCUUGCCUACUUUUACUCUCCCUCUAAAGCAGGUUAGCAUUGAAGGUGGUAUGGAAAAGCCUGCAUGCGUGUUCAGUUCUUUGUUUCUUCUCCUUCCCUUUCCCCUUGGGCCCCCCCUUCCCUCCUUCGCUCGCUCAACCUCUUUUGUUCAGUAUGUGUAACUUGAAGCUAAUUUGUACUACUGGAUAUCUGACUGGAGCCACAGAUACAGAAUCUGUAUUGUUCUUACUGAAACACAGCAUGGAAUUAACAUUAAACUUAAAUAAAACAAACCUAAAUUAAAAAUGCCAAAUAUUA